AUGUCUGUACGAAGUGAUGCUGAACUAAUGCGCUAUGCUAAUAUUCGUUUAUGUCGAUUGCGUGUCUGGCCAAAUUUUGAAGGUCUUGGUUUCGCUUUUGAAGAAGCUGUUCGACCACCGCAUUUAGUCCGACUUGUUGAAUCCAGUAGUCCUGCAGCGGCUGGUGGUUUAAAAAUUCUUGAUGUUAUUCUUGCUGUUAAUCAACAAGAUGUAUCUGAAGCUAAAUAUAAUGAAGUACGAAGUGCAAUUAAAACAGCUCGUGAUAGUAAUGGUCCUAUUGAAUUACUUGUCGUUGAAAAACGUUUUUAUCAAGCAUUAAAAAAACGAAAUAUUUUGAUUAGUUCAUCAUUAGCUGUAACCUACAAUACACCACCAACAAUGCCAAAUGAUUAUUUAAAUUUUCCCAAAAAUCAACCACGUACAUGUACUCUACAUUUAAAUAAAUCUGAUCUAUCAUUUGGUUUUGAACUUGUUAAUGGUGAGAAUGAUAUUGGUGCAUAUGUUCAAGAAGUAUUUCCAAAUACUGCAGCUAGUAAUUCAACAUUACGUAAAAGUGAUCGUAUUAUUGAAAUUGAUGAUAAGUUUGUUGAUAAUGAUGUAAGCAAGUCUAUAUUAGAGAAACUGGGUAAAGCAAAAACAAACGGUGUUGUGAAAUUAUAUGUUGUUGAUACACAUACAUAUAAACAUUACCAACUAAAUAAAAUACCAUUAUACUCAAAAGAAAAACGAGAAAGUCAAUCAGAAGAUAUAUUAUCAUCAGAUCCACAUUAUAUGAAUCAACGUGAAUGUUUAAUGAUUGGUUCUACGAUGACAAAUCGAUUUACGGAAUUCCAUGAAGAGAAAAAGAAUCUGUCACCGAUAGCUGGUUAUUGGGCGUACCCAUUGGUUUCUCUUACACAAUCAUUAUCGAAGGUCACCGAUCAAAUCAAUGAGCUAAAUCGUUCGAUUAGCGAAGCAACGAAACGUUGCCAUUAUCCAUCGGAACAUGGUCUUAGUCGUGAUGAAUCAGCGGCAAUUUUAUUAUAUACUAUGGAAGCUGGCGAGUAUAGCUUCUAUAUUGCAUUGAAUCAAAUAUUGCGUGAUGAAAAUCGAAAAAGAGCGGUACCCUGGUUCUCGUACUUGAGAUUAUUCGAUAGUGGCCUAAGAAAAUUACCCACAGUGAAAGGCUGUAUUUGGCGUGGAGUGUCGCACGACAUAAGUGAUGAUUAUGAGAAAAAUGAUGUAUUAACUUGGUGGAGUAUUACUUCUUGCUCAUUGGCGAUCGAAGUCGUGGAAAGUUUUCUAAACUCAGAGAAAAAUUCCACCUUAUUUAUGAUCGAAGCCGCCAAUGCAAAGAACAUUACUGAUUACACUUUAUUUCCCACUGAAGAAGAGGUGAUAUUACCCAUGGAGACCAAAUUACGCGUGCGCAGUAAUGCGAUGAAGCAUGGCAAUCUACGUGUCAUUCAUUUGUUGGAAAUAACUGAUGGCGUUGAAGAAGUAUCGCCAGCAAUGGAUGCUGCGUGUAUUACAUCCAAACCCUCCAUCCCAACGAAACCAUUUAAUGCAUCACAACUACUUAAAUCCAAGUAUGUUUCUAAUGUACUAACGCCAAAACCAGAGCCACCGAAACCAGAACUUCAAGAAUUUGCUGAACCUGGCACGUGCAAAGAACUUUAUUGUGAAGGUCGUCCUUGUGCCAAGUGCCACGAGUGUCGUGAUUGGCAUUUUACUGAUGAUCAAGAUCAAUGGGAUUGGGUCUGCAAUUGGAGAAAUUGGAUGCAGGUGGAUAAGGAUCGUUGGUACAAUGUUGCUGAUAAGCUUUUUACGAAACGUGAUGGUGCAACCUGUUAUCAUCAUUCACUUCGUGAUUCUUAUUAUGAUGACGUAUGUCUCUGUGAGAAACACUAG